AUGUCGCUCUGCUCUCGCGCCGUCCUGCAGGCAGGUAGACCUCGAGCCGUCUCCAAACCCGCCUUACUCUACCUCAGACGUCAAUUAUCCACCGAAGUCCAAUCCCCUACUCCGCCGUUCCACGAAUCACCAUCUUCCCCGCCUCCUCCAGUAGAUACCGCCUCAUCAUCAUCUACACCACAAGAUGCGCCGGCACAAUCUACUAGCCGGAGAAAAAUCAAAUCAAAGCAUGAAGAUGGUCUCCUCCACACGUUGGAGACGAUGCCGUAUAAAUGCUACCAAGAGGCGUUAAAGAUUCUUCGUGAAGACCGAGAGGAGAAGUUGGUAAAGAUCGCGGAGCAGGAGAAGUCCAUCGCGGGGUUGAAGAAGCUGCAUAAUCUUACGGAUAGUAGUCCGAGGAUUGUGAAGAUGCAGGAGUAUAUUGACGAAUUGAAGCUUAAUAUGGAUAAGAAUAAUCCGAGGAUAAAGUAUACUUAUGAAAAUAAGCUUAAGAUCGACCCGUACAAGAAAAUCUACCAACACUGGGAUGACCAAAAAUGGCGAUCUCUAAAGCGAAAGCUUUUGAUGCAAAGAGUCGAACAGAUGAAUGUCGUGCCGGAUAUUCUACCUUCAAUCGACCCGAUCGUCGACGUUUCGUUGCGGUUCAGACGGAAGAAUGUUCCGCACGGAGCUAAAGUCCUGGCGAAGAAUGCGACGAGAUAUCCAUCCGUCCAAGUCAAGCAAUUCGAUUCGAAAAAGAGAUUGGUUACGGUGCUAGUUGUCGAUCCGGACAAGCCAAAUCUGGAGAAGAACGGAUUUGAUUACUACCUUCAGUGGAUGGUCACAAACUGUGACAUAUCCAUCGAGAACCCUAUGGUCGUCGGUGUGAGCACCUCACAUAACGCCCGAGAUGAGGUCGCGCCGUAUGAAGUACCAUACGUCCAUAAGGGAGAGGGCUACCACAGAUACUGUCUGUUCAUCCUCGAACAGAACGGCACGAUAGAAAUCCCAGGAAAGCCGGAGCGACCCAUGAAUUUCAAGAAGGCUGAAACCAAGGAAGGAGAAACACCCGAAGCUAAGGAAGGAGAGGCAGCACCAGUCGAGACUCCGAAGACAGAGGAAACCGUCUCGACGACAUCACCAGCUGUGAAAUCAAAAGAAUCACGGGUUCAAAGACUGGGCUUCAACCUCCGCUCCUUCAUUGCCAAGCACGACCUAAAGGUCAUCGGAGCAGACAUCUGGCGUGUCGAGUUCGAUAACACCAUGAUCGAUGUCAUGAAGCAGCUCGGAAGAACUGACUGGGAUAUGAAGUACCUAAAACACCCAGAGCAUAUCUAA